GGCACUUUAGUUAAUGAGCGCUGCCUGCUUUUCAUCCUCAGAGCUGGUGCCUCAUCUGAUUGGUUGCCAUGGCGACUUGUGGAUACUCUGAGGACCUUCAGCCUCAGCAGGCCAACGCAGUAACCAUGGCGACGUCUGCCACCACCACACCCUCCUCCGCCAAGACCGCGCACUUCCUGUCCGAGAUCCCGCCGCCGGCGUCUGGGAGCAUUUCGUCGGCCAACCCGCCGGCCGCCGCCUCCAAGACGGCACAGGAUGCACUUUGUUCACAAGCGCCGCCCGCCCAGAGCCAGAAGGCGGCGGCGGCGCCAACUGCGCCCGCGCAGCACUACGUGGGCCCAGAUAUCCAGCAGCACGCCGCUGUCCAGAAGAGCAACGGGCAGAGCACUUCGCCCCAGUACAUUAUAGUGACUGUUACAGAGGGCCCGGCUCACUCCAACGACAGCCUGUCAGACUCCAGCCCGCCCGCUCCCAGCGUCCCCACCCAUGUGGUCCAGGCUGUGCAGCCCCCGGCGCAGAGGUCGGUGUUGCAGGCGGUGACGCAGGCCACCAAGAGGAUCCAGACGGGCCACAUCAGCAGCCUGCAGCAGUCCGUGCAUCUCAACCAGGAGGUGGAGCAUGUCUAUCCGGACCAGGUGCAGUACGUGGACGGAGCAGAGGAUGCGGCCUUUACCACGUCGGCCAUCCGAUCCAACAGCUUCCCGUUCUCCGACUCGCCCCUCUACUCCCAGACGCCUCCCGCGUCCUCCUCCGCCUUCUACGAGGCCACGCCCAGCUCGGAGUCGGAAAUCGCAGGAUCGGUGACUUCGCAGCCGGUUUCCGUGGCGACGGCUGGAGCCAAUAGUGGGGCGGCUGCUGCCGCCGCGGGCGCGGGGGGAUUCGUCCUCCCGGGAGGUUACAUGUUAGGAGGAGGUGCGGCAACAAGUGGGGGAGGAGGAGGGCAGAGUUACUCCAGCCCGAACUCUCGCGCCCCACCAGCUACUGUGCAGUGGCUGUUGGAAAACUACGAGGGGGCCGAGGGGGUCAGCUUGCCCCGCUGCACCCUCUACUACCACUACAUCAUGCACUGCCAGGAGCAAAAGCUGGAGCCAGUGAACGCCGCGUCCUUCGGUAAACUCAUCCGCUCCGUCUUCAUGGGGCUCCGCACGCGAAGGCUAGGAACCAGGGGAAACUCCAAGUACCACUACUACGGCCUGAGGAUCAAGUCCGGCUCCCCGCUGCUCAGACUCAUGGAUGAGCAGCAGCACAUGGCCAUGAGGCAGCAGCCUUUCUCCCAGAAAAGCAGUUUUUGUGUGUUUCCCCCUGAUUGCUCUGAAAGGAUAAAGCCGUUCCAGAAGACGCAGGGGAUAGCCAACGGGACGUCAGGCGGGCCGGGUCAGCAGCAGGCGACGCUCUCUGAUAUUUCAGCCCAGGUGCAACAGUACCAGCAGUUCUUAGAAGCGGCAAAGCCUCUGCCGGAAUUUGUGAAAAUUGAUCUGCAAGACCAGGUCCUGCCAGACGGGAUCUAUUUGGAGCACCUGAAGGCCUUUCAGACUCUGUACAGGGAGCACUGUGAGGCCGUCCUGGACGUGAUGAUCAACCUUCAGUUCCCUCUCGUCGAGACGCUGUGGAAAUCCUUUUGGAGGUUCAGCCAGAACAACGACGCAGAAUCCCUCAACCUUCACAACGAGUCUGAGAAACGGCUGCCCAGGUCCUGUUUGGUGGCUCUGUGCAAGUUUGAACCGGUGCUGUGCUGGACCAGGGAGUGUGACAACCUGCUCUACCAGACUCUGGUGGAGAUCCUCAUCCCAGACGUGUUGAGACCCAUCCCUAGUGCCUUAACUCAGGCCAUCCGUAACUUUGCCAAGAGUCUGGAGAAUUGGUUGACGGGUGCCAUGAUGAACAUCCCAGAGGAGAUGGUUCGCAUAAAGGUGGUGUGCGUAGGCUCCUUCUCCCAGACCCUGCGGCGCUACACCAGCCUGAACCACCUGGCGCAGGCCGCCCGCGCCGUCCUCCAGAACUCGGCUCAGAUCAACCAAAUGCUCUCUGACCUCAACCGCGUCGACUUCACCAACGUGCAGGAGCAGGCAUCCUGGGUGUGUCAGUGCGAGGACCGCGUGGUCCAACGGCUCGAGCAGGACUUCAAAGCCACUCUGCAGCAGCAGAACUCCCUGGAGCAGUGGGCUUCCUGGCUGGACGGCGUCGUGUCCCAGGUGCUAAAGCCUUACGAGCAGAACCCCGUUUCCCUGCCGAAGGCGGCCAAAGUCUUUCUGCUCAACUGGUCCUUCUACAGCUCCAUGGUAAUCCGGGACCUGACCCUGCGCAGCGCUGCGAGUUUCGGCUCCUUCCACCUGAUCCGCCUGCUGUACGACGAGUACAUGUACUACCUGAUCGAGCACAGGGUGGCCAAGGCUAAAGGGGAGACCCCCAUCGCGGUCAUGGGAGAAUUUGCCAGCGCCGUCAAGAGCAGGAGCUCCCCAGACCUGGACAAAGAAGAAGAAGAGGACGACGACGAAGACGACAGCGAGGAGGAGAGCGGCGACAUCCUGCUGCAGUCCGGCUCCCUGAAGGUGGACGAGGAGAAGUCGGCGAUGGAGCCGCCCGCCAAGCAGCCCAAGACCACGCUGAGCCUGCACACGCUGACCGAGGCUCACGGCACGCCGCCCUGAGGCAAAGCAUCCGCAUCAUGAACGCGCAAAAUCAUGUCGUCCUGUCCGCGGAGUCGUGCCGGUUUGCAUCCCGUCCGCUUGCAUUUGUGAAACUCGGGGGGCCGUGGAGGAGCCCCGUCACUGAUUUCCUCGCUUCCGCUCCUCUAUGUUGCUGUUAUGUUUUCUUUGCCUUCACUCGAUCGUCUUCUGCGGCCCUUUCCUUCGUCCCCCCGUGCCUUCCCCGUCUCUUCAGUGCCCAUGCCUGUAAAGUCUAACCUAUCAGUGCUAUAUAUUCUUUUUUUUUUUUUUAUUAUUUUAUUUCUCCCUCCCGCCCGGCCUUAACCACUGACCUGAGUGCUGUGGAGAGAUGAGAAUAGCCCGCUCUUCUUCAGUAGUACUCUUUAACUCAAAAUCAUGGCUUGCCUUUAAUGAAUCGACUAUGCAGGGGGAAGGGGGGUGCAGGACUGUAGUUCACGUCACUGUAAGAAACACAUCUCAGAGUAGCAUCUGGACCCAAACUGCAGCAUGAAUUAUGUUUUGAUCCAUUAUUAUUUGAGGGUGCCAUAUUUCUUUUUUUUUUUUUUUUUUUUUCUCUUACAGAGUUUAUUUUUCGUUUGGCCACCUGAUGAUCUGUGCCUUGGAGAGAUUUCUAAUCUUGACAAAGUUUGCGUUCUAUAUAAGAAAAGCCCACAUAUAUAUAUCUAUAUUAUAUUUUGUGUUGUGGAUUAAUAAAUGAAUGUGCUGUGAAGUGGUCUCGGUGUUGUCAUGAACUGAGUACGGUUAGUUACUAGUGUGCCUUGUCAAAAGUAUUCACACCGCUUGAACUUUUUUUUCACGCAAUGUCCUGUUAAAGUCGCGUCUCAGAUGGGCUUUAUGGGGAUGUUUAAGUGAUGGGCCAACACAAAGUGCUGCAUGAACGUGAGGCGGAAGGAAAAGAUGCACGGUUUUCUAGUUUUGCAUCCAGGCUGUUAGCUCGGCUCAUCUUUCUGAUUUCAGCUUCACGUGCUUCAUUUGGGGGUAGAGACCUGAGUUUUGGUGCCCCGUUCUCCUUUUCACACACAUCUGAUGCUAAUCUUUUUAAAAGGUUUCAUCCAGCCUCCCCCGUCGCUGCUAAAGCACAGCUAUCCCACAGCACCAUGCUGCCACCGCCAUGUUUCACGGUGGGGAGGGUGUGUUCAGGGUGAUGUGCAGGCGUGGGGUUUCUGCCACACGGCGUUUUGCAUUUAGGCCAGGUAGUUCCAGCUUUGGUCUCAUCUUUCUACAUAUUUGCAACCCCUGCUUGCCUUGUGGAAACCGACUUUGCUUUUUCCAGAUUUGCAGAAUGCAUGGGGAGAAUUUCUGUAUACGAAAGCUCGAUUAGACGCAUUUAGUAUUAGGUGGCCGCUGAAGGCGACUGUGUCGCACUUGAUCUUAUGUAGUGGCAUCAGAAUAAAGGGAUAAUACUAAUUUAAAAAACACUUUUUCAGCCACUUUAGCACCAAAGUAGUGCUGCACUACUUAGUCUUGAUCCGUCACAUAAAGUAGAAUGACGUUUUAUGGCUGUAAUGUGACAAAACACGAAAAAAAGGGGUAUGAAUAUUUUUGCAAGGUGCUGUAUAUUUAUAUAUAUAUAAAAGAUGGUGGCACUCCUGCCUCGUGAUUCUGCAUUGUUUUCUGUCUUUCAUCCAUCUUUUGGGUCAUGUGCAACCCCCCCCCCCCACCCCACAAACACCCACCUUCUCCAAGAUGCUGCGCACCUUCUAAGGUCGAAUCACAAGGCCAAAGCUCAUCCCGCCUCUUCAGGAGCAUUUCUGUUGCUUUGUACCAGCUUCAUGAACAGCUGCUGCGGUGUCGAGAGUUUUUGUAGAGAUGAAAGUAGAUGUUUAUUUUCUGAAUAACAUACUGUGGAUUAUGAAUUAUAAUGGGUAUGUUUUGUGAAAACCGUUGAAUAUAUAUCUGCUCUAUUUUUAUGUCGUCUAACCAUUAUUGCCUUAAAAUGUUGUCCUAAUGUCCAUCAUCCAGAGUAUGUGGUUUCCUCUGUGAUAAUGGUCUAAGCUUGUGGAUAUGGUGACGCUGUGUGGACCCCCCCCUCUCCCCCUCCAAAGAACAGAGGCUCACAUCCUGCAGCUGCCUGUGUGGCAUAAGCAAAAGUGAUUUUAUGUUCAACUUUGAAGCUAAAAUUCUAGCCGUGGGAUGUCUCUCAGGGCCAUCUCUCAACCAAGAUCCCACCAAAGAUCUUUGUAAAGAAAAACAAAAGGCUAUGUCUGUUUAAAUGUACACAACAGAUAUAAUCUUGACUAUAAAAAGUAAAAACGACCGUUGAUGUCAAACGUUUGUGAAUUUGUCCCUCGCUUGUGCCGGGGAACUUUUUCCUAAAUUUGUGUCCUCUUGAUGUUAUACUGAAGACCUUUGUACUUUAAAUCUGUGAUCAACGUUUGUAGCUUCAUUCAACUAAAGAGAUGGUUGCUCUCAAAGCUU